GUUUUGUCGCUCAGACAUGCUUGUCGACUGAGAUACUUGAGUUUUGUCCUCAUGAUGACUGUGGGGAGAUCUGAUCGUCUUGCGCCCAGUGUCUUCCUCGUUCUUGUUCCUUGAGCCGACGGCUACUAUCACCGGCGGAAUGAAUCGCUCUUUCUUGCGGGCUGUGGCUUCUGUUUCUCGGAUCGCAGGUCGCUUCCCAGAACCGCGAAGUAGCUCUACCGCCAUCACCCAUCACUGCAUCCGUGCCACUCAACCAUGGUCCUCCAUAAGAAACAUCUCGUCCGGCUCAUCAGCAGCCGCAAACGAGCCCCCAGCGCCGGUCAACACACAGGAUAGCCCAAUCAGCCAAAAUAGCACCUCGGGAAACAAUCUCCCUCUCCCAGACCAAGUGCGUCUCCUCAUGCGCCGAGUCCCCUACCCCGUCGCCAUCAUCACCGCCACCGACCCGCACGACAGCACCGAUAAAGCCUUCCGCGGAAUGACCGUCUCCUCCUUCAACACCGUGACCCUCAGCCCAGAGCCAGUCAUCUCCUUCAACGUUCGCCGCCCCUCAGAGACCCUCAGCGCGCUCCAGGCAUCCACCCGCUUCCUCGUUCACCUCCUCGCACCGGGCCCGGUCACCGCCGCCCUAGCCCGUGAUUUCUCCAAGGGAAACCACAACCUCAAGAUACUAAGCGGCGAAGGCGACUAUGAAUUUGCGGCCCAUGCAAGCGACCCGGCUAGUAAGCCGCUUCCGUUGCUGCGCAGGAAGACCCCUCUCGCCACGGAUGGAGAAGUGAACCAAACGGAUGACUUCCCUUUCGUCUUAGAGUGCCAGCUUCAUCCUAAGAGCGUCGACGUCUAUGACCACACUAUUGUCGUUGGGACUGUCGUGCGUGCGCUGUCAUCACAUUUGGCGCACCCGGAUCCGCACGCGGGGACCACCUCCGCGGAAGAGUUAUGCCUGACAUAUGCCAAUACGCGAUUUUGGGAGAUGGGGCAUGAAAUCUAACCUCUGAUGCCUUACUCCUCUUGAGACCACAGAGCAGUCUGAAUAAAUUUACUACCCCGCUUCAUAUGGCCUACCCACCCGACACGGCCAAACUUACCCACCUCCAUCCUACCUGGUUUGUUACUUAUUCAUACAGAGACAAACAAGUCUAUAACUCUCGAUGGGCAGGCGUCCCAUCAGAAGAGAUCUACACCAUGGCUCAAGCAGAAGCCAAAAUCUUGACUGUACAAUAUACCCAGCGAACUAGAA